AUGUCCGGGGACUACGAGGAUGACCUCUGCCGGCGGGCACUUAUCCUAGUCUCAGAUCUCUGUGCCCGGAUCCGAGAUGCCGACACCAAUGACAGAUGCCAGGAGUUCAAUGAUCUGAGGAUUCGAGGCUAUCCCCGCGGCCCAGAUGCAGACAUCUCCGUGAGCCUGCUGUCGGUCAUCGUGACGUUCUGUGGCAUUGUCCUCCUGGGCGUCUCCCUCUUUGUGUCCUGGAAGCUAUGCUGGGUGCCCUGGCGGGACAAAGGCGGCUCGGCUGUGGGCGGCCCCCUGCGCAAAGACCUAGGCCCCGGGGUCGGCCUGGCAGGCUUGGUCGGAGGUGGUGGGCACCACCUCGGGGCUGGCCUGGGCGGCCAUCCGCUGCUGGGCGGCCCUCAUCACCAUGCCCACACCGCCCAUCACCCACCCUUCGCCGAGCUGCUGGAGCCUGGCAGCCUGGGAGGCUCAGAACCCCCUGAGCCUUCCUACUUGGACAUGGACUCAUACCCAGAGGCUGCGGCUGCUGCGGUGGCCACUGGGGUCAAACCAAGCCAGACGUCGCCUGAGCUGCCCUCGGAGGCCGGGGCAGGCUCUGGGCUGCUCCUGCUGCCUCCCAGUGGCGGGGGCUUGCCCAGUGCCCAGUCUCAUCAACAAGUCACAAGCUUGGCACCCACCACCAGGUACCCGGCCCUGCCGCGGCCCCUCACCCAGCAGACCCUCACCCCGCAGCCGGACCCCAGCGUGGAGGAGCGGCCCCCCGCGCUUCCCUUACCGCUGCCCGGUGGCGAGGAGAAGGCCAAGCUCAUCGGGCAGAUCAAGCCGGAGCUGUACCAGGGCGCCGGGCCAGGCGCGCGGAGGGGCGGCGGGGCGCCGGGCUCGGGAGAGGGGGGCGCGCCCUGCGGCCGCAUCAGCUUCGCACUGCGCUACCUCUACGGCUCCGACCAGCUGGUGGUGCGCAUCCUGCAGGCGCUGGACCUGCCCGCCAAGGACUCCAACGGCUUCUCCGACCCCUACGUCAAGAUCUACCUGCUUCCCGACCGCAAGAAAAAGUUCCAGACCAAGGUGCACAGGAAGACCUUGAACCCUGUGUUCAAUGAGACGUUCCAGUUCUCCGUGCCCCUGGCCGAGCUGGCGCAGCGCAAACUCCACUUCAGCGUCUACGACUUCGACCGCUUCUCGCGACACGACCUCAUCGGCCAGGUGGUGCUGGACAACCUGCUGGAGCUGGCCGAGCAGCCCCCCGACCGGCCGCUGUGGAGGGACAUCGUGGAGGGCGGCUCGGAAAAGGCAGAUCUUGGGGAGCUCAACUUCUCACUCUGCUACCUCCCUACGGCCGGGCGCCUCACCGUGACCAUCAUCAAAGCCUCUAACCUCAAAGCGAUGGACCUCACUGGCUUCUCAGACCCCUACGUGAAAGCCUCUCUCAUUAGCGAGGGGCGGCGUCUGAAGAAGCGGAAAACCUCCAUCAAGAAGAACACACUGAACCCCACGUACAAUGAGGCGCUGGUGUUCGACGUGGCCCCCGAGAGCGUAGAGAAUGUGGGACUCAGCAUUGCGGUGGUGGACUAUGACUGCAUUGGCCACAACGAGGUGAUCGGUGUGUGCCGCGUGGGACCCGACGCUGCGGACCCCCACGGCCGCGAGCACUGGGCAGAGAUGCUGGCCAACCCCCGCAAGCCGGUGGAGCACUGGCAUCAGCUGGUGGAGGAAAAGACUUUGACCAGCUUCACAAAAGGUAGCAAAGGACUGUCAGAGAAAGAGAACUCAGAGUGAGGGGUCUGGCCUAGGCCCCCUCAGGACCCCCUCCCUUCCUGCCCGGACCGUGAAUUCAUCUCCUCGAAGCCAUAACGUCCGAGCUGCGUGGUGCGGGCAGCCCUGGGCCCCGCGCAUAGUUCCCGCCCCAGACUCGCGGGCGGGGGACAGGCGGGCCCAGCGCCCUGUUUCAGGGUGGGGGGCAUUCAGUCUCUACUGUGUCUUGUCUUCCUUUCCCUGGGGCUCCCCCUUGAGGCGAGGGGCCGUGCAUGUCUGGGGGACCCCUGCCCCCUGAAACCCUCCGUCUGUCUGUCUGUCUGUCGGUCUCUUUGCUGUUUGUCCAAGACUUGGUGUCCUGACCCUUGUUCUCGCUGUGAAUGUCAAAGGAUCAAUCCUCUGUACUCCCCCAGACACAAGCACACACCUGUGUCCUGUGUCCACUCUUCUGUCCACCACACCCCGCGUCUGGCCGAUCCCCCAAACACUGCUGCUAUCAAUGCCGGAAUAAAUACACCGUGGGUCUCACUCCA